CAAGGCUGGGGCUGUCAAUCGCUAGGAGUGGCCAGGACCCAGGGGAGGGUAUAAAGGCCCCUGGCAGGCUGGGGCUGCUUCCAAACCCAACUCGAGACUUGGGCACAACUGACACUCUUGCUCAUCUUCUUUGGGCAGCGCCAUGGGUCUCAGUGAUGGAGAAUGGCAACUGGUGCUGAACGCUUGGGGGAAGGUGGAGGCGGAUAUCCCCGGCCAUGGGCAGGAGGUGCUGAUCAGACUCUUUAAAGGCCACCCUGAGACCCUGGAGAAGUUUGACAAGUUUAAGCACCUCAAGUCUGAGGAUGAGAUGAAGGCAUCUGAAGACCUUAAAAAACAUGGCGCCACGGUGCUCACUGCCCUGGGGAACAUCCUCAAGAAGAAGGGCCAGCAUGAUGCAGAACUGAAGCCUCUGGCCCAGUCCCAUGCCACCAAGCACAAAAUAUCCAUCCAGUUCCUGCAGUUCAUCUCAGAAGCCAUCAUCCAGGUGAUCCAGAGCAAACAUCCUGGAGACUUUGGAGGGGAUGCCCAGGCCGCCAUGGGGAAGGCCCUGGAACUUUUCCGCAACGACAUGGCGGCCAAGUACAAGGAGCUUGGAUUCCAGGGCUAGAGCGGCCGGGGCGGUCAGACCCCUCUGCUGGCUGGCCGGCUUCUCUCCGAGGUCACGUAGUUAGCUCGCGUUCAAGUAGUGCCUUAGAUUGGGGUUUGGGGACACCUUAUCUGACUGAGACUCCCUAAUGGCAGACCAGAGGGAGGAGGUCAGGGGGCGCUUCUUACUCUGGCUUUCUCCUUGGCCUUCUGAAGGAGCCCUUGGCAGUGGCCUGCUGCCCCUCUUUCCUGGCCGUUACACCUCUCUGCUUUCCUCUCUGGGAGGCAUCGACCACUGGGCAUGGAGAAGAAAGGGCUGGAGGGAGGAGAGACGACUGAGGGAAGGGGGAGCCCUUCUUCCCCCCAUCUGGAUCCCUAAUGGCUUCCAGUCUGCCCUUGAUUAGCCCUUCAACCCGGGACUCCUUCCUUUGCUCUCCCCCAAGGCUGUCACAGCCAGGGCCCCCACAUUCCUUGGGGAUGGAGGCUUGACAGAUGGUGAUGAAAGAGUUGGAGACAUCCAAGAGAGAGAGAGAGAGAGAGAGAGAGAGAGAGAGAGAGAGAGAGAGAGAGAGAGAGAGAGAGAGAGAGAGAGAGAGAGAGAGAGAGAGAGAGAGAGAGAGAGAGAAGGGGGAAGGGAGAGAGAGAGGAGGGAGGGAGGGAGAGAGAGGGAGAGGGAGAGGGAGGGAGGGAGGGAGAGGGAGAGGAAGGGAGGCAUAAUGUUCUCAGUUAAUGGGUGUGACUCUCCUGGUCUUAAUAAAGGACCUGCAACCAAUUUGUCUGUCUGGGCCUGGUGCUUUCCUCCCCUCCGAGAAGAUGAAUGAGACCUGGGAGGAGAGAGAUGACAGGGAGAUGGACAAGGCUGGGAGCUGGCUGGCAGACAGCAGCAUUGAUGUCAGUCCCAGAGAACCUUGAAUGUGGGCAGAAAGUCGUAGGAGGCAAGCUGCCUUUUAGAAGGAACAGAUGGAUUCGCAACCUGAGUGCCCCAGAAAGGUCCAGACCAAAGAGGGACCAAGAUGGUGUUAGGAGAGGAGGGCUGGAUGGGCAGAUUUCCUUACAAACCACAUCUUGGCUUCCCCUGACCUGGGUCUGAGGGUCUCUGGAGAGAUUGGGGGGGGGGAGGAGAAUCGUGUGGGAUGGGUGGAUAGAUGGGGGGCAGGUACGAUGAAGGGGGAAGGGCUGGGAGGGAGCUCCCCAAUACUCAUUCUACAGAUGAAGAAAUGGUGAUUCAGGAUGGAAAAACUAUUGUCUAAGAUUACACAGAAGUGAUAGAAUAAGAAUUCGAACCCCGGGACUGACAAAUCCAAUGUUCUGCCUUUUAAGAAAAAUUAACAUUUUUACUGUUUACCUUGUUCCCUCCCCUUCUGAGAUAAUUUGUAAUAAAGAAGUCUAGUUAAGUAA